AUGGAGAGAAAGAGGAAAUUGCCCGCGAGGGCCUCGGCGCGUGUCGAACACGUCGCAAAGAAGCGCACCGUCACCCCUCCCGAGCCUCGAUCCGUUACGCCAGUUCCGGCUCCCGUCGAGGAGCCCCCGCCGCCCCCUUCGCUGCCCAAGUCGAUCCAGGCUGGCAAACCGCUGCCGACCGUCGAGGAGCCUCAGCCCGAUGACCUCCCUGCGAGGGAAUACCAGUCGUACCAAGAGAGGUAA